AAGGUUACUAAAAACUUAUCCCCAAAUUAUCUUUCGUGCACGCUUUUCUUAACCGUAGCAAACUCUCCCUCUCACUAUACUGUCAAAGCGUAUUCUACGAUUUAAACUGUCGCCGUCGCCGACAGCAGCAGCGCGCCUCCGCCCGACAGCAGCAGCAUCAGCGCGCCGCCGCCGACAGUAGCAACACCAGCCGCGGCUACCGAAAGUACACAAAUCUCGCGGUUUGUUCUAAUCCAUAAGAAGCGUAGAUUUUUGGUGAGGGAGAAGAAAAGGAGACUAUUGGGUUGACAAUGGAUUCGGGUGAUGCAUCCGGGCAUUCAGCUGGGGUGGACGAUGAUUAUGAAUCUUUACUUUCAACGACCGAUGCGGAACUCUUGAAACAGGCGUGGCGGAAUGAAAAGGCUGCUCCAGAAAUUCUUCAGUUUGAGGCUGCUUUGGUUCAACGAUCCAGAGAACAAAUUCAAUUGAUGGAAGAAACAGUAGAGGAAUUUUCAAAAAAUAGUGUUGAUCCUCUCACUGUGUCUCUUUACCAGAUGGACCUUGAUAGAACUCUGUUUCUAUUGAGAUCAUAUCUAAGAACCCGUCUCCAAAAGUUUAUUCCAUCUUCAUGGAUGUUGAUAAUUAAAGUUUGGCUGCAGAUUGAAAAUUAUGCAUUUCACAUACAAAAAACUACUGACUUGUGGAAUCGUCUGUCUAAACAAGAACAGAAAUUUGCUGAAAGGUGUAUUGACGACAUGGAGCAACAUCUAGAUCAGUCUGUUCUCUCAAAGUUGCCUCAUGGCUUCAAGUCCCACUUGAAGCAAUCUUCAUUAAGUCUGACAGAUGACAUGGUUCCCAAGCCACAGCUGGAUCAAUAUGUUAUCUGCAGAAGCAAGAGAUUUUUAGGAUCUUUUCAGCUCGACGACAGUGGGGAAGAACCAGUGAACAUUGAAGCCAAUGAUUUGUAUGCUCUGCCAUAUAAGUCCAUAAAGCCCCUUGUGGAGAGUGGGCAGAUCCAUCUUGUAUGAGUGUGUAGGAAAUAAUGCCCCUUUGAUGAUGUAGCUUGUCACAAAUCCAGGAUCGGAACUAUAUAUAGUAUCCUUUUUUUGUUUAAUUAAACCUCAUAUCAUAUUUUAAGUGAUGUAUUUGAAUACAAUACGUCUUCAAAGAAAAUUAAGUAAUGUAUCCAA